UACCGGGUUUUGUACCAAACCAGGUCCGGAACAAGACAUUCCAGUAUAUUAGUUUCUGGAAAAGAGGGCAACCAGAACUGCUCCAGCCUCCAUUCACUCCUUCCCAGUAACACCAGCCAAUUGGAGCCCUGGACUUUGUUUAUGAGAAAGGCCUUGUAACCCAGGAUACUAACUGAGCAGGGCUGGCAGACUCAUGCUCGGGUCUGCAGUUUAGCCUCAUUAAGCCACUGACAUGAAUAUGGAAGAGUUUUCUCCAGCAAAGAAGUUAUUCAUUUGCCUGUUUCCCAGAGUAACGUGGGCCAUGGAGUCAGGCCAUCUCCUCUGGGCUCUGCUGUUCAUGCAACCUCUGUGGCCCCAACUGACUGAUGGGACUACUAGAGUCUACUACUUGGGGAUCCAGGAUGUGCAGUGGAACUAUGCUCCUAAGGGAAGGAAUAUCAUCACGAACCAGCCUCUGGAAAGUGACAUAGUAGCUGCUAGCUUCUUGAAGUCUGACAAGAACCGAAUAGGGAACAGCUACAAGAAGACCAUCUACAAGGAAUACAAGGAUGACUCAUACAUGGAGGAAAUGGUUCAGCCAGCCUGGUUGGGCUUCCUGGGGCCAGUGUUGAGGGCUGAGGUGGGAGAUGUCAUCCUUAUCCACUUGAAGAAUUUUGCCACUCGUCCUUAUACCAUCCAUCCCCAUGGUGUAUUCUAUGAAAAGGACUCAGAAGGUUCCUUGUAUCCAGAUGGUUCCUCUGGCUGGCUGAAAGCUGAUGAUUCUGUACCCCCAGGAGGCAGCCACAUCUACAACUGGACCAUUCCAGAAAGCCAUGCACCCACUGAAGCUGACCCAGCAUGCCUCACCUGGGUCUACCAUUCUCAUGUAGAUGCUCCACGAGAUAUUGCUACUGGUCUCGUUGGACCCCUUAUAACCUGUAAAAGAGGAACCCUGGAUGGGAGCUUCCCUCCUCGGCGACAGGAUGUGGACAAUGAUUUCUUCCUCCUUUUUAGUGUGAUAGAUGAGAACCUUAGCUGGCAUAUCAAUGAGAACAUUGCCACUUACUGCUCAGACCCUGCCUCAGUGGACAAAGAAGAUGAGGACUUUCAGGAGAGCAAUAGGAUGCAUGCAAUAAAUGGCUUUGUAUUUGGAAACUUGCCAGAUCUAAGUAUGUGUGCACAGAAACGUGUGGCCUGGCACUUGUUUGGCAUGGGCAAUGAGGUAGAUGUCCACACAGUUUUCUUCCAUGGACAGAUGCUGACCAUCCGAGGUCAUAGAACUGAUGUGGCUCAUAUCUUUCCAGCCACUUUUGUGAGUGCUGAGAUGGUGCCCCAGGAACCUGGCACCUGGUUAAUCAGCUGCCAAGUGAAUAGUCAUUUGCAAGAUGGCAUGCAAGCACUUUACAAGGUCAAGUCUUGCUCCAUGGCACCUCCCGUGAACUUACUCACAGGCAAAGUCCGUCAGUACUUCAUUGAGGCCCAUGAAAUUCAAUGGGACUAUGGCCCUACGGGGCAUGAUGGGAGUACGGGAAAGAAUUUGAGGGAGCCAGGCAGUGGCUCAGAUAAAUUCUUCCAGAAGAGCUCCAUCCGAAUUGGGGGCACUUACUGGAAAGUUCGGUAUGAAGCCUUCCAAGAUGAGACAUUCCAGGAAAAGGUGCAGCUGGAGGAGGAUAAGCAUCUUGGAAUUCUGGGACCAGUGAUCCGGGCUGAGGUGGGUGACACCAUCCUGGUGAUCUUCUACAACCGUGCCUCCCAGCCAUUCAGCAUACAGCCUCAUGGAGUCUUUUAUGAGAAGGACUCUGAGGGAACUGUGUACAAUGAUGACUCUUCCCACUCUGGCUUAGUGGCCAGGCCCUUUGAGAAAGUAACAUACCGCUGGACAGUCCCUCCCCAUGCUGGCCCCACUGUUCAGGAUCCUGCCUGUCUCACCUGGACAUACUUCUCUGCUGCAGAUCCCAUAAGAGAUACCAAUUCUGGUCUGGUGGGCCCCCUGCUGGUGUGCAAAGCUGGCGCCUUGGGUACAGAUGGCAAGCAGAAAGGGGUGGAUAAAGAAUUUUUUCUCCUUUUCACUGUGUUGGAUGAGAACAAGAGCUGGUACAGCAAUGCCAAUCAAGCAGCUGCUAUGUUGGAUUCCCGACUGCUCUCAGAGGAUGCCAAAGGUUUUCAGGACUCUAAUCGGAUGCAUGCCAUUAAUGGGUUUCUGUUCUCUAACCUGCCCAAGCUGGACAUGUGCAAGGGUGACACAGUGGCCUGGCACUUGCUUGGCCUGGGCACAGAGACUGAUGUGCAUGGGGUCACAUUCCAGGGCAACACUGUGCAGCUUCAGGGCAUGAGGAAGAGUGCAGCCAUGCUCUUUCCUCACACCUUUGUUAUGGCCAUCAUGCAGCCUGACAAUCCUGGGACAUUUGAAAUUUACUGCCAGGAAGGCAGCCAUAGAGAAGCAGGGAUGAGAGCAAUCUAUAAUGUCUCCCCUUGUCCUGGACACCAAGCCAAUCCUCAUCAACGUUACCAAGCUGCAAGGAUCUACUACAUCAUGGCAGAAGAGAUUGAGUGGGACUAUUGCCCUGACAGGAGCUGGGAACUAGAAUGGCACAACCAGUCUGAGAAGGACAGUUAUGGUCACAUUUUUCUGAGCAACAAAGAUGGACUCCUGGGUUCAAGAUACAAGAAAGCUGUGUUCAGAGAGUAUACUGAUGGCACAUUCAGGGUCCAACGGCCAAGGACUGGAUCGGAGGAACACUUGGGAAUCUUAGGUCCACUUAUCAGAGGAGAGGUCGGUGAUAUUCUAACUGUGGUGUUCAAGAACAAUGCCAGCCGCCCCUACUCUGUGCAUGCCCAUGGAGUGCUAGAAUCUAGCACUGGUUGGCCACUAGCUGCUGAGCCUGGUAAGUGGGAACAAUUAGUGAAGGAUCAUAGGAGGUGAAGCAUCUCUCUUUCAGCCUCUGGCUUGUUCCUUUUUUUUUUUUUUUUAAGUGUAUUCUUAGCAAACAGAAACAGGAAUAUUUACCAGAACUAAGCCAUAGUCUGAAUUUGUCUCUAUGAUAUAUUGAUUCUUUCAAUCUCAGAACAAACUGCCUACCUUAGGUCUUUUGCUUCAUCAAAGACCUACUCAACACUUGUUACACAUAGAGUCUUAUACUAUCCUUAACCCUGAAUACAUACUGAGCUUCUAGCCUCUCUAGAUCUGGCUAUAUGUAAUCUGAGCUCUUAAUCAUGACUAGAAAGUGGCUUGUCCCAGACCACAAACUGAUCCUUAAGCCUAGUCAUAGAUAAAGUUUCUGUCCUCUUAGUACAGAUUGAGUCUUAACCACAGUUACAUAUUAAAAUUCUAAUACUAAAUGUAGAGUUAUCAUAAUCUUGACCACAUUAUCUUCUAUUCACUCAUUCAUUCAUUCAUUGAAUAAACACU